CAGAUCCAAACAUGGCCAAAUGGAAAAAAAUCAGCAUUUUCCUCAUCUUGAGUCUGUUGAUAUGUAUUUGUAUUGUUGUGAGUCUUGUUGUUCGCCGCCCAUACAGAACUGUGGUUGCUGCUGAUUCAAAAAUCUGCUCAGAAGUCGGACGAGACAUCCUGAAGGAAGGCGGCUCGGCGGCCGAUGCUGCAAUAGCUGCCCUGUUAUGCACAUCGGUGGUAAACCCACACAGCACCGGCAUCGGAGGAGGAUCUAUUUUCACUAUCAUGUCGCAAAACGGUACGGUGAAAGUCAUCAACUCCAGAGAGACGGUUCCAAAGACCAUCAAAGAAGACCUUUUAUCAGAUUGCCCGUGCAGUCAAACAGGAGGCAUUAACUGGAUGGGCGUUCCCGGUGAGAUCCGUGGUUAUGAGCGUGUGCACAGGCUGUACGGUCGUCUGCCCUGGUCCCGACUGUUCCAGCCCACCAUCCGGCUGGCCAGAGAGGGGGUCAAAAUGUCCAAAAUAGUUGUACGCUACCUAGAUGGCAUCAAAAAUCGCGGUGCACGUCAGCUGUUCGAGGACGAACAGGGAAGGAUGCUGAAGGAAGGGGACACUAUGAAAUUUGAGAAACUUGCCGAUACUCUGGAGGAGAUAGCAGAGAACGGAGCAGAUGAAUUCUAUACAGGAGAAACAGCCAAAAAGCUUCUCUGCGACAUGCAGCAAGCAGGUGGAAGUAUCACUCUUGAGGACCUGCGCUCGGUCGAGGUGUCUGAGGUGGAGCCCUGGAAAGUGUCCCUGGGCGAUUACACCAUGUACUUCCCCCCUCCACCUUCAGGGGCCGCAGUGGUCAGCUUCAUCCUCAAUGUUAUGGAAGGCUACAACCUAAAUCCAGCCUCUCUAGAAGGAAAAGAGCGUGUGCUGACCUACCAUCGCUUCGUAGAGGCCUGUAAAUUUGCUAAUGCACAGAGGAAGUUAAUGAAAGACCCCAGAUUCAACAAUGUGACGAAGGCCUACGCUAUAACUAGAAAGGAGUUUGCUGACCGCAUUAGGAAGAAGAUCACAGAUGACCAAACCCACGAUGCCCAGUACUACAGCGUCACUCCUGAAGUGGACACACAGGGCACCUCUCAUGUGUCUGUGCUGGACGAGGAUGGCAUGGCUGUGGCCGUCACCAGCACCAUCAACUACAUGUUUGGAUCUGGAGAGUUUUCACCCCAGACAGGUGUCAUCUUUAACAAUCAACUUGCAGAUUUUUGUUACAGAGCAGACAAGAUCCAAACUGGUGAACGUCCUCCCUCCUCCAUGGCUCCCAUGAUCCUUCGCUCCACAAAAACAGAUGACUUGAUUAUUAUUGGAGGGUCAGGGGGCACCAUGAUCACCACCGGGGUGUCCAUGGCUCUCGCGAACUACCUGUGGCUCGGAAACAGUCUGGAACACUCCAUCGCUAAGCCUGUUGUGUUUGUGGACGGCAAGAAUAGGCUCAGCUUUGAGACCGACUUUGACAAGGACGUCAUAAAGGCCCUCAAAGACCUUAAAGACACAGUUAAAUACCAAAAGUAUUUCUAUAAUGUGGUCAACGCUAUAUCAAAGCAAAGAGGCACCAUCUACGCUUAUUCAGAUGUUCGGAAGGGUGGCGAGGCUGUCGGCUACUGAUCUGUUCCUCCUUUACCACAGAAGAUCACAGUAAUUCAAUUUUGGCAUUUUUGCAAGUGUUUUGUGUGGAAGUAAAUCAUGUGUUUGGAACAAUAAAA